AUGUACAAGGUGAACCUGGGACAUUUUCUUGCAUCAAACGUUAAGCAAUUACAGGAGCAUCAGUUUGAAAAUAAGAAGCUUACUAUCCGGCUUAUUAAAAAGGCCAAUGAGCUUCAUAUUGCGGGCUUGGACACUAUUGACAAAAGCAAAGUCUUCCAAGUAAAGCGAACUUGGGGGUCGGAGAGCGCCCGGAAGCCCAGCCAGACACGUUUCCACCGCAGGGAGGGGGUGCCUGUGUGGCGACUCGGUCGUGGAACCUCUAGCCUCAACACCCCCCCACCACCACCGCCACCACCGGACCCCGCACCCGGCAGGGGACAAGCUUCGCCGGCUGAAGCGGCGGGGAGGCGGGUAGGCCACAAGGAGGAAAUGGGACAGAGUGUGGACUGUGAGGCGGCGGCGGCCGAAGCGGGGCCUCCCUCGCGGGGUAGCGAGAAGGAAGGGGGGCCCUCCCCGCCGCAGCUUCCCCUGCCUCGAGAGGCAGCUCCAACUUUCCUCCAAGCGCAGGACGCCGCCUGGGCCGCGCGCGAUUCCGAAACUUUGUCCGCCCUCCUGUCGCCCCGGGCCCGCUCCUCCGCUCUGCGCCGCCCCGUAACAGCCCCCACUUCGCCCGGACAGCCGCCUGAGCCCAUCCGCCCCCGGGGUCGGCCCGUGUUUACCUCAGGCCGAGGUCGAGGCGCUUGCUCUGGCGGCGGCGGCGGCCCCACUGCAGGUCCCUAGGUCCCCGUCACGACGCCAAGUUCCCCAACAUGGACUCCUUCGUCCGCUUUGAGUUGUUCCGGGGGCCGCUGGAGCGCCGGCUCUACCGGCCGGGUCGGGAGGUGGCAGCGGAGCAAGGAGCGGACCCGGGCUGCGCUGCUCCGCGCGACUUGCGCCACCGCUGCUCCCCCUCCCCCCGCCUUGUCUGGCCUCCUCCCUCCCCUCCCCGCGCGUGCCCUCCCCCUUUCUCCCCCUUCGCUCCGCUCCGCUCAGCCGCGCCGCCACAUGUCGGCGCGCUACGGUGACGACGGCGGCAGCAGCACCCGCAGCCCUCUCCCUACUCGCUUGUUGGGCCCUGCGCGUACCGCUGCAGCGCUCAACCGGACCACUGGGGGGCGCUGGCAAACCACCCUUAGCGUCGAGUAACGUGGCGGGCGGAGUGACGUCACGCGGCCUGAGAGCGGGAGGGAGGACGGCAGCGAGUGGCGCGGGCUUCUGGGAAACGUCUUCCGCAGGCUGUCAUCCUCCCACUCGGCGGACUCUGCGCAGGCGCAGUGUGUAAGGCGCUCGAGUUGGCGCUGCUUUGGCGGCGCAGUCGGCUAAGACGCCGUGGACAAUGAAGGAAGCCCUUGGGGACCUGGACGUGAGAUGGUUUGCGUGGCUUUUGCUACCCUAUCUUUAUGCAGUGUGCUGCAACUUUUCUGCUGGACUUCUGAACUUUCACAAAGGCUCUGCAGGUGAUUGUCUAAGACAGCAUGCUUCACGGGCUUCCAGACCACAACCAAGAGGGAUUGGAGCUGGUUUAUGGACCAUCACAGGGUCAAUAGCCAAGACCAAGGUCAGGACAUUCAGAGCCACGGAGAGACUGAAAGAAAGAGACAGACAGAAGCUGCCCCUGCGACCUCAGGUCCUGCUUCCCAGGUGUUGCAGUCACACUCUUUGG